AUGGUAACUAGCAACUCAUACUAUACUGACAAUAUCGCUCCAUCUAUAACAGUGAAUUCGCAUCCAUUAUCAAUCAUUGUGGAUCAAAAUGAAAUCCAACUUAAUUCAACCUCUGGGUUAAUAAUCAUUGAUGACCAUAAAGAAUAUUCUGGAGAUAUUAUUUCAACGACCAACUAUGAUAUUGGAAAUGAUUCUAAAGCAAUUGGUCGUAUGAUUAAAGAUAUUCUAGAGGUUCCUAAUGGUAGAUUUGUUUUUGAAAAGAAUAGAUUUGUAAACAAUAAUAGUAAUAAUAAUAAUUCAAAAGUAAUGAGUAAUAAGAUGGAUGGAAAUAAGAGGAUGUCAUCACCAUCACCUCUUAGACAUUCGAUCAUAUUGGAUCAAGAGUUUGAUGAGGAAGACGAUGACUACUAUGCAUUGCAAAACAUACCGGGUGCAUCUUCGAUUCUCGAUAGCACUGGCAAGACGAAAUCAAACACAUCGACACCACUCAUAGUUACACCUAGCGGAUCACGAUCAAACUCAACUCAAAGUACACCGAAACUAUCGAGAAAUAACAGCGGUGGUAACAACAACAGUAUUGAUUUAGAUAGUAAAUUCGAUGAUAUCAAUGGCAAUGCAGCUGCAGGACAUGAAGAAAUACAUCGAGCACAUCGAGUCAAAGAACAACAAGAUGAACGUCGUCUCCAACAACCAGAAGGAACUGAUGAAAUCACUCGAGUAUCUACUGACACUGCUGACACUCGACGAGAAAACCAUCAAGAGUUUGAACAACCCAGACUUUGCAAGUGCGGACGGUCUUGCCUCUGCGAUAAAAGCGGCAUCGAACCUAAAGAAAGCACUGAAAACCAAGUUGAAAUCGGGCAUGGAGAAUAUGGUCGCCGUCAAAGACCAACGAAAGGCUUUCGAGACGUACAAGCUUGCCUUUUCGAAAAAGGUGGCCACGCUCAUCGAGAAGGAAUUCAAGUUGACCGACGCCAACAAAGACUAUCAGAAUGUCGAAGACGAUCUACCUGA